CAAUCAUCCCAUCUCUUUAUAACAAUGCUUUUAAGAGAUAUUUAUGGUAGCAAACUUCACCCUAUUUAUGCUAAAUAGCGUUCAAAGUGGCAAUUUUAUUGGAUUAAACUCUGAUAAGGAAGUAAUGAUGAGUAGAGUGAAUUACCUUGAAAUUAACUCUUCAAUUCUAAGUUCAAAGCCACUCAAUUCUACACAACAUUCAUGUGUUCACUACUAUAGUUUCUUGCCAUGCGCCACUAAUAUUCCAGGCUUCAUUUUCCAAAUUGUAAUUCUUGAAUAUUUGUUGCUUGUUGGUGACAAAAUUUUAACCAAGGGGAGACAACAACUUUUUAGUAUUCUUGGUGUCGGUAUUUAUGGCGCCACUUUAUUUCGCGUUCUUGCUGUUCUACCAACAAUCGUUCUACUUCUCGCAUCAGGACUUGCUCAAAACAGAGAAGCCGCUCGAGUUAGAAUAGAAAAUGGAGCUGGUUCGCUUGCCGGGUCUACUGUUUUUUACUUGACGUUACAGUGGGGGAUUUGUAUUUUUCUUGGCAGAACUAAAACAGCUCAGGAUUCACUUCCUCAUCAGAAAUCAAAAGCUAAAACAAAAGGAUGUCUGGUGGUUAAACAAAAAUUGUCAAUUCUCAAAGAAUACGGAGUAAGAACUGAUAAGAAGACGAAAUACACAGCAGGAAUAAUGCUUCUGUCGCUAAUUCCAUUAAUCUUGGCGGAAAUAGCUAGUACCUUCAAAUCACCACCAUGGAGCCAUAUUCUUAUACUGGUUGUACUCUGUGCAGCAUUAAUAUCAUACUUCAUUUUUCAGUCUCGUCAUCAAUGGAUCCAAGAACGAAGUUUAGAGUAUUCAAGAGAUCAGCUUCUACUUGCUGGAUUUUUGGAUCAUUUACAGAAAUUUGCCAAAAGAAGACUUGUUAAUGAUGAAGGAAAAGUUGAUGUUUCUUGCAUCAAAAGGACAUUUCGGAACAUCGACAAAAAUAAAGAUAAUCAUGUAUCCCAAGAAGAAUUUCAAGAUUUUCUACGAAACAUGAAAUCAGGAGAUCUCGAACUCGACGAAGAAUUCGCAAUCGAUGAACUAAUGAUCCAAUUCGACGAGGACAGUAACCGUUUGAUUACUGAAGAUGAAUUUGUGGCUGGAUGUGACAAAAUUAUUCGCAAAGCUAAGAAAAUGAUAGCAGAUAAGAAUGACUCCUCAAGAAAAUAUUUGCCAAGGUUACAUAAUAUGGUUCAACCAUUGAUCGAUAAAAAGAAGGCAAAAAUAGCUGAAAUUGAGCAAGAGCUAGCACAAAUUUGGAACACUGCCCACAACCAACAACUUGCUUGUCUAGUAACUGAUGGAAAACCUGACGAGGAUAAGAUAAGAAGUCUAUUUACGGAGUUUGAUAAAGAUAAUAAUAAAAAGAUGACUGUAAAAGAGCUACAAGGAUUGAUUAAGAGCAAAUUUGGGAGUGCAAAAUUUGACCAUGAAAAUAUUGUAAAGAAAAUGAUGAAAGUAUUGGACAUAGACAAAGAUAAGGAGCUUCAUAUUGACGAAUUUACUGAUGGAAUGAAGAAAAGGCUGUCUGGUGAUUCUCAUUUGAUUGAUGAUUGCAUAGAGAAAGAGAAGAGAAGCAUAAAAAAAAUGUCAAUACGGGCAUUGACAAAGUCUAUAGUUUUAGUGAUAAUUGGAGUUGGAAUAGUGUCAUCUCUUGGAUUGCCUCUGGUAAACAAUACUCAACUUUUAUCAGAAAAGAUUGGCAUAUCUUCUUUCUUCAUUUCAUUUGUUCUACUUCCAUUUGCUCUCAACUUCAAAACCGCAAUGGCCACCAUUUUUCUCGCAAGUCAAAAGAAAGAAGAAGCUUCUUCUAUUAUAUUUUCAGAGAUAUAUGGAGCAGCAUUCAUGAACAACAUAUUGGGGCUAUUAACACUUGUAGCGCUAAUUUGGGCAAGAGGAUUCACAUGGGAUUAUUCAGCAGAAGUUUUAGUGAUAUUGGUGGUUAGUGGUGUCAUUGGUUUAAUUGCCUUUUCACGCACCAUCUACCCAUUUUGGACAUCUUUCAUGGCAUUUUCUUUCUACCCAUUGUCUCUGCUUCUUUUUUAUGUAAUUCGUUUUGUUGUAGGCUGGAAAUAGAACUCUAAAUUAAUGUAUUCUAUACUAUAUACUACUUGUGUGUAAUAUGAUCAUAUUAUGCAAUUGAUUUAGUGAAAAUUAGAUCAGAUGUAUGAUUAGUGACAAUAAAGCUACAAUUGAUUGUAAAUGA